AUGUCAAAGGGAAAGGUUUUACUCGUUCUUUACAAAGGAAACGAACAUGCGCAACAGGAACAAAAAUUGUUAGGAUGUUUAGAAAAUGAGUUAGGUAUCCGUGAGUUCAUUGAAUCGCAGGGAUACGAGCUUGUCUGCACUGACGACAAGGAUCCCGAACCUUCGUCCACCGUCGACAAGGAAUUGCAAGAUGCCGAAAUUGUUAUCACCACUCCAUUCUUUCCUGCCUACAUUACCAGGGAAAGAAUCAAUAAGGCCCCAAAGUUGAAAAUGUGCAUUACUGCUGGUGUUGGUUCCGACCACGUCGACUUGGAUGCGGCCAACGAAAGAAAGAUUGCAGUUACAGAAGUCACUGGGUCUAAUGUGGUUUCUGUUGCGGAACAUGUUCUUAUGACUAUGUUAGUUUUGGUUAGAAAUUUUGUCCCUGCCCAUGAACAAGUCAUCAAAGGAGAAUGGGACAUUGCCGGUGCUGCAAAGGAUGAAUACGAUUUAGAAGACAAGGUCAUUGCUACUGUUGGUGCCGGUAGAAUUGGAUACAGAGUCUUGGAAAGAUUAAUUGCUUUCAACCCUAAAAAAUUGUUGUAUUACGAUUACCAAGAUUUACCAAAGGAAGCAAUUGACAAGUUAAACCAAGCCUCUAAAUUGUUCAACGGUAAGGACAAUAUCGUUGAAAGAGUUGAAAACUUAGAAGACAUGGUCGGACAAGCAGACUUGGUCACUAUCAAUUGUCCAUUACAUGAAAAAUCUAAAGGAUUAUUCAACAAGGAUUUGAUCUCGAAGAUGAAAGACGGUGCUUGGUUAGUCAACACCGCACGUGGUGCUAUAUGUGUUGCUGAAGAUGUCGCCGCUGCAGUCAAGAGUGGAAAGUUGCGUGGUUAUGGUGGUGAUGUUUGGUACCCACAACCUGCACCAAAAGACCACCCUUGGAGACAAAUGCAGAAUAAGUACGGUGCCGGUAAUGCAAUGACUCCUCAUGUCAGUGGUACUUCAUUAGAUGCCCAAGCAAGAUAUGCUGACGGGGUUAAAAGUAUUUUGAACAGCUAUUUCUCUGGCAAACAUGACUACUUGCCAAAGGAUGUUAUUGUGAUCGAUGGUGAUUAUGCAACCAAAUCAUAUGGCCAAAGAAAGUAA